CGCACUGCUCAGAGUCCUUCCUGUUUUAGAAAUUUCAAGGAAGCAGCAGCAACUGGACAGUCGCAAAUACUGAUGGAUGCAUGUCAGUGAUCUUUGGGAGGGGAGGACCCAUGCUCUCUCAUCUUCGCACUGCCACACCAGCCCUGUACAUAUUGUGGAUCACUAUGGCCCAGAUAGCUGGCCAGGAGGACAGAGAGAAAACAACUGCACUCAAAGAUUUGCUGUCAAGAAUAGACUUAGAUGAACUGAUGAAGAAAGAUGAGCCUCCUUUCACUUUCCCCAAAACACUGGAGGAGUUUGAAUAUGCCUUCAAUGAAUAUGGCCAGCUCAGGCAUAUAAAAACAGGAGAGCCCUUUGUCUUCAAUGCCAGAGAGGAUCUCCACCGCUGGAAUCAGAAACGCUAUGAAGCUCUUGGAGAGAUCAUCACUCAGUAUGUUUAUGAGCUGUUGGAGAAAAAGUGCAACAUGACUAAAGCAAUCCUGCCAGUGGAUGCUACAGACGAUGAACCCACCAGUUUUAUCUACCUGAGCCCAGAUGCCUUGUCCAACCCGUCUAAGCUGCUGGUGCUGAUCCAGGGCAGUGGCGUGGUGCGGGCCGGUCAGUGGGCCCGCAGACUCAUCAUCAACCAGGACCUGGAGUCAGGGACACAGAUCCCCUUCAUCACCAGAGCCAUGGAGGAGGGCUACGGUGUGAUGGUGCUCAACCCCAAUGAGAACUACCUGGAGGUGGAGAAGCCCGCCAUGUCCUCUCCCCUGCCCUCCCCCACUGAACCCUCGGACGAACCCGCAGAAAAGAGGGAGCGCAAAGAUGACAAGGAGGGCAAGAAGAAGAGAGAAUUUUAUGAGAAGUACCGUAACCCACAGAAGGAGACAGAGACCGAACGGAUCCCUAUACGGGAAAACGGUUCCUCCGAGGAACACGUGCUGUACGUGUGGGACCACUUUGUGUCCAGAGCCGCAGCCAAGAAUGUCUUCAUCAUGGCCCACAGCUACGGAGGGCUGUCUUUCGUUGAGCUGAUGAAUCAGAGGGAAAUGCAGGUGAAGAACAGAGUGUGCGCUGUGGCUCUGACUGACUCUGCUCACAACAUCUGGCUACAGGAGACCAGCAAAGGCACGCAGGACUGGAUGCAGCAGCACUGUUGUAACUGGGUAUCGAGUCCAGAGCCCCUGGACACACCACUGGACCCCAUGCUGCCAGACUGCCCCCGAGUCUCUGCAGGCACAGAGCGGCAUGAGCUGACCUCCUGGUUGAGUUUCAACUCCAUCUUCAGGUUCUUCAGCGAGGUCCUGGAGGCAAAAGAGGACGAGGAGGCGGAGGAGACCUCCAACAUUGUCACCACUCGCAGCAGCUCCCUCAAAAACAAACACCAAGAUUUGUAGAGGAUCAACAAAAAUGACUUGGAACAAGAGGAGAACGAGGAGCAAGGGAUCAGAUGGGGGGGAUGCAAAAAGAGAGUCUAAUGUUCCAGAUCCUCUCUGCUGUUUUUUCUUUUUGUUCCUCCCUCUCCCCCUGUAACCUCCCUCCAUCUUUCUCUCCUCACUCUUCUCCCCGAGUGUCAUUUCUCCCUUCCAGCCCUCCCUGGCUCUGCACACACAUAGCCUUGUUGUUGUAAGAGACAAGUGUACAGGGUCACCAUGUAUACAUCACAAUAACGUUUUGCAUUACUUCUAGAUGAGCGCAACUGUCAAAGCAAUAUGGGCCUGAGUGUUAGCGCUUCCCGUGGGCUGUGGCCUGGCUGCGGGUACGGGCCACGGCAGCAGAGAUUAAGGCUGACAGGCGCUGUGCACAAUGCGCUGUGGUGCACCUCUAAUUGUCCUGACAUCAGCCUGAACUGAGCUAAUGCCCCGCCUGCCCUCCAGUCUGCACUACUCAGUCUCUCCCUCCUCUCCCUCUUCCCCCCUGGUCCUAAAGCCUGGGCUGCUUACCCCCGACAUCAGCUCAUGCUGUAAGGUAUCCUCUGCUAAGGUCCAGUAUCAUUUCAUCCUGAUCAGUGCCCAUCUUUUUUUGUUUUAUAGCCCUUACCCACCACAAAUGUUUCUCCAAAGAGUGAACACACACACUCUUAACUGGUGACCAUUUGUUUUGUUUUAACAAAGGGUGUUGUUUUUAUGACCUCUUCAUUCUCCAACUCCUCCGCACAUGCAGUCAGCUUUUAAACCUGACUUUUCUCAUUCAGCUUUGUGUAAAAUGUGGUCCUAACCCGUGCCAUGUAUUUCUGGAAUUGCAGUACUUAUAAUAAGAGAGAUUUCUUUUUUUUUUUAAAUUUCUCAACUUUGAGCUAAAUUUGAAUGCAAUGUCUCAUACACACAUUCACGCUAUUUGAUUUUAUUUAUUUUUUAAUAUUAAGCCAAUAUUUGAGCUGUAAGUGUUUACUUUAGAAUAUCUCCAGGAUUUAUUUGCAAAACUGUGGAGAGUCCAUUUCUCUGUGUUUAUUAUAAAUAUAUAUCUUUUUUUUUUUUUUCAAUUUGAUAUCCUUGAAAUUGAUGUCUCCGGGUGAUUGAAUGUGAUGAAACAAAUAAAACAAACACAACCUGUGCUGAAUAUGGAAAAAAUCCGGACACUGAGCAUAUUUAAAAUUACUUAAAGUCAAACAUCAAAAUGGGUUUGAGGGAUAUCUCAUUUUAACAGGAGCCAGAAGUCAGCUCACAACACUCAUAAAGCCUCAAUAUAUCGCCUUACACAUGUCAGGAAAUCCAAGAUUUCAAUAUUAUUCUAAGCCUGAAUGAUAUUUCCUUAGAUGCUGGAGAAAUGUAACAUAUCUAUUUUUUCCUCCCACUGUAGUACUCUUCUUGUGUACUUAGAAGUGACAAAGUCAGCUCCCUGCUCAGCUGCACAUAAUCUCACUAUGUGACACAAACAUGAUAAAAAAAUUUCCACAAGGCUGCUGUGCUUUAUAAACCACUCAAGGCUUAAUGGAAUACAUUUCUAAUGUGUCAUGACAUUAGUAAAAACUCAAACCGGAUACUAAAUCUUAUGAUACCUUAGACACAUUCUCAAAUAUAUACCUUUUUCCCCCACUUCAAAUAGUUCCCAUUGUUUAACUUUUACACUGUGAAAUCCUGCCUCUCCUGCCCACUGUGUGUGUGUGUGUGGUUUAAGGCUUUUGUGGAUUAUCUUUCCGCUGUAAUGAGACAACUGUGGCUGAUGGUUGCAGGCCUAAUUUCCUUUUAAUUUGAUUCAGAUCUCUCCAGGUUUCAGCAAAGAAGUUGGCUUAUUAUUUGAUUUGAUGAGUUUCGUUUCAAGAUACCAUUGCUCAUCUUUCUGCUUUUCAGCUACAAUCAGUUCAUUUUUCACUCCAUAAUUUGUAUAUUGUUGCCUUAGGAAUAAACAAGACUCUGUUCACUGUUUUAAUAAUAUCCAGCAAGCCAUAUGUGAAUGGAACUAAAGAUGUAAGAGCAGCCUAAAUCCAAAGCACAGUCUGCGAAUAAAAGGAGACUAAUUUUGCCAAUUGCUCUUGAAGACUUUAUUUUUUGCAGAUGGUUUAUAUGUUGUAUUGGUUUAGGGAACACGCCUAUUUUCUUUUAUCGCAUAAGCCUUUGGAUUUUAUGAAACCGCGAGUGUCCUGCCUGGUCACAUAUUUUUCUUAUAUUCUCAAAUGUUUGUCUCAUUUCUCUUUUGAUCCAUUUUCGUUUUAAACGUCUGUCUUGAAAUUAUUUGAAAGCUGAUUUUUGUAAUUAACCCAUUAAACCUGUCAAAAGCAAAUAAAAUGAACUUUUGUAUCUUGCUUUUUAAACUGUACAUAUUUUCCUUUUUUAUUUCGUUUUGCUUUUUAUUUACGCGCGAAGUAUUUUGGUGAUGCCGGUGCGCAAUUGCGCAAAAUGGGAAUAUGAUGGAUAAAAAAAAGAAGCAGUACUAAAAAGUCAGGUGCGAUUGGAAAGAGAAACAGAGAGAUGUGCCCGAAAGUGCAAAGCGAGUGCAGCGGGAGGAGAAAGUCGAGCACCGAGUGAAAAAUGACCUGAGCCAUCAUCUCACAUGACAUCUAUGAAAUCCAACCGAGAGGGAAGACCCACUAACAUGUGCUGCCACACAAUCGGCCAGAGUUAAGUGUCUUUUAUAAACAGUCCAAAACACCUAUUUCACUUUUUUACACUCUAACCUUUUUAAGUUAAGCUGUAAAAAAAAAAAGUUUGAACUUUUAAAACACGUCCUAUAGGCCAAUCUACUCUGAAAGACAGCAAUAUCUUUAAAUGGAUCGCAGCGUUAGUGAGUGAGUAAGUAAGUCACUAAGUGUGUCAAAAGGAAAACAAACUAUAAACAGUAAUUCCCCUCUUUUUGGUCAUUAAUUUUGGCAAAGUGAGCCCCCCCCCCCCCUCCAACUCAGCGAGGUUUUACAGCAUCAUUUGUUUUCACACGGUGAAACCGAUCAGGUCAUUAAACGCCCCCUCAAUAAAUCUUUAGAAAUCUUUUCCAUUAACCCCUGAACAACAAGUGGAACCAGGCGAGUCCCCCUCACACCGUGUCAGGCCGCUGAUUAAAGAGAGCCAUUCAAUCACACACACACACACACACACA